UGCUCCUUUGUUGUAAAUCUUGUUUGUGUUUUUUUAAUGAGAAUUGUUUUUCUCUAGAGUGUAAAUAUGGAAGAAAAAUUUAAUAUGGAGGAGAAACUUAAUAUGUUAACGUUUGAAGAAAUUUUACCAUUACGGCGUGCCAGUUCUAUGAAACGUCAACAAUCACAAACGAAUUCACUAAAAGGACCAUUACGUGUAAUACGUUUAUGCCUGUUAGCCAUAAUAUUACCGGGUAUCCUAAUUGCUGGACCACUAUACAUACGAUAUCAUAUGUAUUCAGGACAAAUAUAUCCAUUAGCUAUAUCCGAUAUGCGAUUAAUUGAUAAUAAAGUAUCAACAACAUGGUGUCAGCGACAACAUGUCAAAGUAAAUACCACAUUCAACGCAUUUUUGUUAGCAGAUACACCAAAAUUGAUACGUGAAAAGCGUAUACAUACAAUGGUACGUGAAUUGAGAUUAUGGGAUGAUAUGAAAGAAUAUUGGGGCUUUUAUUUGUUAAAAGGUUCAACUGUUACUGUUUCAACAUGUACGAGAUGGCCAGGAUCAUCACUAACCGUAAUUCGAGGACAUAAACAUUUACAUGAAUGUGCUUAUAUUGGUGACGAUUCCUCAGAAGAGAUUGACGAAUUAAUGGAAUCAAUACGUGAAAGUAAUAUUGAUCCAGCUGCGGUCAAAUCAACCCUACCACAAUUGCAAGAAUCGGAAACAAACCAGCAUGACACAAGCGCUCCAUCAAAUCGACCAACAAAUAUGAAACGACAUCGUUCAGACGUACAAUUUCACGACGUAAAACAUAAUCUUUCAAAACCGAACGAGAAUCAUACACUUCAUUCGCAGAUUAAUGAAAUCGAUGAUCACGAUUUAAUCGAUAAAAAACAAAUGACUAUUUUACUAGCAAAGUUAUAUGAAAAGUCCAAUAAUAAGCGUGUCAAGGUCCCAACGCAAACGUACGAAGAUCAUAUUCAUAAGUAUCGUAAUCAAAGUGUUAACCAAGACGAACGUAAUAAUUUGAAAUUUGCGUCAAAUGCUGCGAAACGGGAACAUACUUCUCGAAAUCGUUCAACUAUCGGACACAAAAUACAUCAACAACCGAUUGUACUUACACCUGAACCAGAAAAAAAAAUUGAUGAUAAAACACCAACCUCGGAGGAAGUAUUUCAACGUGCAUUAAAUCUAAUCGAAGCGCGUGGUGAUAAAGGAAAACGGAUUUUACAACGUUUAGUUGAGAAAUAUAAUCUUGGAAAUAGUUCAUUGAAUCAAAAUCAAACAAAGAAUGAAUCAGAAGCAAAUUUGAAGAAGCUUUUAAAUAACGCUUUUCAUGAGCAUCCCACGACUGGAAGUAAUCAAAAUGUCUUUAAUGCUUCUUCAACUAGUGAAAGAAAUUUGAAUAUUUCCUUGCCGAAAAAUAAUUCGAAAAUGGAUGAAACUAGGGAUCAAAAAUUGAUACGUGAAAAACGUGACUUAGUAUUUAAAUUGGCUAAGAAUUUAAAUACACCUGAUGAAGAGAAAGAUGCAGCUUUUGAGGAGGGUUUAUCACCUGAUGGUAUUGCUGAUCAUCAUGAAGUAUUAAACGAAACAACUUUAGAUGAUCGAUCCAAUUCGGAAUUUUGGUCAUCGUUUUCAAGUAGUGAAGAAGCCCUAUUAAAUUGUGCUGGUUUAAUAUUAAAUUUACCACUAACACCCCAUAUGGAAUGUGAAGAAGAAAGGCCGAAUAGUGAAGCAUUCGGUGCAAAAAGUUUACCAAAUCGUAUCACAUACACCGUUCCAUCGAAUGGAUAUUACUUUUUCGUAUUCAACAGCGAAAAUGAAGUACAAGAGAAUUAUCUACGCAUACAAUUCGAUUUACAUAAAACAGUUUAUGAUGUAAAUAAUUCCGUUGCAAGAUGUCUUAAUUCAACUGGUGAUUGUUCAUUAAAUUUACAAUUUUUCUCAAAUGAAAAAUUAGUUUUAGAAUUACCAAUUAUUGGUUUGAAUGAUAGUCAAGUGAGCGAAGAAUAUGUUGUAAUUUCCGAAUGUGAGCCGCGUACUUCAAUUUAUGUGGUCUGUGUUUUAGCUGUACCAUUAGUUAUUCUAUUAUUUGCAUUUCAAUAAUAGCUAAAAAGUUUUGAGUUUGAUCUUUUUGGAAAACUUUAUUUAUCUUUGUCUAGUCAAAAAAAGUUUACCAAUUCGUUGGUAAAUUGUUUAUUUCAAGUAUUUUAAUGGAACAAGUUAUCGAUCCAAAACAAUAGUCCUAACCGUGGUAUCAAAAAAUGUACAAACUUUAUUUUUGUCAACAACCUUUUGAAAAAAACCCCAGAAAAUCACAAAAAUUUUUACUUUCGGAGACUUAUUAUUGGCAUUUUGGCCUAAAAAGUACAAAAAGCGGGUUAAUUUGGGUUUAGGUGAGUAUUUUUUGGAGUAAUUCAAAAUAUAUUUCAAAAAAUACUUUUCGGAACGACAAAUGAGCUGAAUUUUCUUUUGGGGUCCUAGUUUUACUCUCUGGAGAAGAUAAUAAACUCUUUUGUCUCUUUCUGGAUCCGAGAAUAGAUCAAAUUCAUCUCAAAUCCAUCUUUCAAAAAGUAUCAAACUCAUUUCAAACAUAUU